CUUCAAAUAAAUAUUGAAAAAUAUAAAAUAUUAUUUCUAUUUCCUUUCUUUCAACUAUAUAAAUAUAUCGAUGUUAUUCUUUCAAAAUAUCAUCAUGUAUUGAUGAUAUGUUGACAAGCAGUCAGCUGUUUCCGGUUUGCAAAAAUACAGGUGACUCGAUAGAAAUCUGUGAAAAUCCCGGCUAAUUAAUUUUAAUUAAAUAAGCGAUAGUGGACAGACAGCAUCGAAGUAAAUAACGAGUGUGUGACGAAGCUUUAAUGUACGGUAUUUUUCUCUCUUUAAUUUUAUUUUCGUUUAACGGAUAAUGUUGAAGGAAGAGCUUGAAUCAAGCACGAGAAAUGGUGAUAACUCGCACACGACUACACCGGACUCAGGAAGUAACGACGUGGCCAAAGAGUCGUAUCAGAAGAUCGCGAUAGAAGAAAGAUUGGCAAGCAAAAUGUUUUCAUACGCUAGAAAAAUCAUUCGAUUUUUUCUUGCGAUUAUCUUUACGACUCUAGCUGCUCUACAUAGUUCUUCUCCCAAAGUAUCAAAACCUCCAUUAGCUAAACCAUUUUUUAAUCAAAGCUCAGUUGUCUUAGAUUUUUAUAAGGGACAUUUAGGAGCUAUGAUAGAAAGAGUUACAGAAGCAGAUUUCAGUUUUGUUAUGUAUUAUGCUCCAUGGGAUGCUGAAAGUCAAACUAUACGACAAGAAUUUGAAAUGGUUGCUCAAUAUUAUCAUUCACAGAUUUUUUUUGCUGCCAUUAAUUGUUGGCAUCCGAGCUCAGAAUGUAGAACUCAGUAUAAUAAAAUACAAAGUUAUCCAGUAUUAAUGCUUUAUCCUUCAAGAGAUUCUGGUAUAGAAUAUAGAGGUAUACGAACAUGGCCAUACAUGAUAAAAUUUCUUAAUACAAUUAUGAAUCCCAUUGUUAGAGUAACAAAUAAAGAACAAUUAAUGAAUUUACGUGUUAACUAUGAUGCUGUAGUAGUAGGAUAUUUUAAUUUUACUCGAUUAGAUAAAACUCCAGGUUAUAAAGAAUUUUAUAAAGCUGCUCUACGAACAUUGGAAGAGGAUCCUAAUAGAGAACUGGUUUUUGCCAUUGUUACUAAUGCAUUAUCUAGUGAAAUAGAUUAUAACAUUUAUAAAUUUCCAUCUGCAAAUCUAUUUAUGUGGAGUGAUUCUUUAAGGUAUCCAGAAGAUUCUGAAUGGACUUCCGAAAACAUAUUAAAUUGGAUAAGCAGUUCUAUUCAUCAACCAGUUCUGUGGCUGCAACCUCCUGGAGUAAAAGCACUAACAUUAGCACCAUAUUUGAGAGAAGGACCUGUACUUUUUCUCUUCACACCUCGUAAUCCUUUGCAUCCUGAAAAUUAUAAUUACAAUCUGAUCAGAGAAAUUGGACUGCAGUAUUAUAAUUGUGCAAAUAAUGUCUUAGCUAAAGAGAUAAUUGAGCGUCUUAGUUUUAAACGACGUGUUGCUAUUGCAAAACAUUUGGAGCAAAAUAAACAAUGUGCAAAAUAUUUGAAGGAAAUGAAAAAUCAAACAAAUGAAUCCACUAAUAAUAUUUCGAUUCAAAAAUGGAUUAAUGAUAGUUGUUGUGUUAAUGUUGUAAUGAAUAAAUGUUUUUUGUGUAAAAAGAAUAUAUUAAAUAAUGUAGAAAUGGAAACAUCUAUUUGUAAACUUAAUUCUAAAAAACUUGAUCAUGUUUGUAAAAGUUCAGAUAUUUUUAAACUUUUAGUUAUACAAAAUUUACAACAAAAACGUGAAAUUUGUUGUAAUCAAGAUCAUAUGACAAUAAAAUAUGAAGAAAGAUUUAAAACCAAAAGUCAAAAAUACAAAAUAUCGGCAUUUAUUACAAAAGAAGAGGACGUACAAUCUGCGGAUGCAAUAAAAGAAGCACGCUUAAAAUUCAACUGUAAAAAAUGGAUAACUGGAAACAAAUAUCAUCAACCUAUAUUUCCGCGAGAUAAACUUGAACAUCCGAAUAUAAACUUAACGAAAUCAGUAUGUAAAACUAACAAAACAUUGACAUUAAUAGCAAUUGAUAGUUUACAUUAUUAUUAUUUCGCGGAAGCUCUUGGCAUAGAUCUUUUAAAAAAGAAGGAUAAAACUGCUAUUGUUAUAUUAGAUGUUGCUCAUGAAAGUCAAUAUGUUAUGCAGGAGGAUUUUAGUCGAUAUACACUUAUACAAUUUAUAAAUAAUUAUACUCAAGGUUUUUUACAACGUACAUUACGUUCUAAUAAUUCGAGACGUUUUGUCCAAAAGUUUAAGACCAAAGUUAAUUGUAAAACAAAAGAUGCACAAAAUGUGUGCAUACCAGAAUUAACAACUGAAACUUUUCUUAAUACUAUUUUAGAUUCAACAAAGGAUGUGGUUGUAAUGUACCAUUCUCCUUAUUGUGCAUUUUGUAGUGCAAUAUUUUAUGUAUACUUGACAGUAGCUCAUUAUUUACAUAAAAUGGAUCAUCUUUUAUUCGUAAGGGUAGAUGGUGAUAAUAAUGAUUUACCAUGGGAAUAUAACAUGAAUCGAUUCCCGUCUAUUCUUUUCUUUCCUGCUAAAAGAAAAGAGGAUAGUACGGUAUAUCCGUUUUCUCUGCCAAUUACUAUUCCGAAUCUUAUAAAUUUUAUCUUAGCGAAUUUGGAUGGAGAUUCGCAUAUUGAAGCGCUUAUAAAUAUUUGUCAAUCUGGAGCCGCUGGUGUGAUUCCAGAUGCAUGUAUCGCUCGAACUCGUUGGCUGUGUUUAGAUAUUAUUCAACAACUACUUCGAGAUUAUCGAAAAUUAAUAAGGCAUAUUAGUCUAUUAGGAAGAAUAAGUGCUAGAAAUAAAAAAAAAAUUAUUUUACUAAAAUUGGCACACAUUAAAGAUAUACAUUUAAUAUUAGGUUCUACUAUUGAUCUCAAAGAGGAGCAACAUAAAGUAAAACUAAUUAGAAAAAAAUAUAGAAAAUAUUAUAAAAAUAUUAGAUCAUUUGAAUUAGAUAGCAAAAUAAAUAGUAAUAAUAGUCAAGUAGAAAAUCUUUUUCAAGAACAAAAUGUUUUUGAAAAAAAUAUUAAAAACGAAUUGUGAUAUCGAUUUACAGAUAGAUAUAUUAUAAUGAA